AUUUUUCUUUAGAAAGUGUGCAGAAAAGAGGAGAAUAAUUAAAUUAAAUUCAAAACAUAAAACAGGUGGGCCAAAUUAAUCCAGUGGAGUGCACCAGCUGUAAUGUUUGAUAGUUGGGAGACGUCUCCCUUCUGUCGUCUUUGGAGGUUUAUGGAGUUGUAACUGGUCUCUGUGUUUCUCUGUCUCUAUCUGCUCUUUCUUGCUCUUAUAGGGCUAAAAGCCAUAAAUCUAAUGUCUUUAAGAGACCCAGUAGCCACAUAAUAGUAAUACCCAAAGUCACCAUCUUUUUGCCUUGUGGAUAUUUAAAAGAUUGAAGUUGAAGUGGGUUUUGUUAAUUCUGCUUUCUUCAGUAUUUUUCUUGAUUAUUCGGAUAGUCCAUGGCUUCCUGUAGCUUAGGAGCUUCAAACAUUAAACUAUCAAAGUUGAAUUUCGGCAGAGAAAGAGCUGGUAAUAUACAGCAAUGGAGUGGCAUGAGAACGUCGAUAGGAUGGAGACAACUGCAAUAUACAGGUCUCACUGUAAUAUAUAAACCAAAGGAAACAUUCAGUGUACGCUGUUGUCCAACUUUAGAAAAGGAAACCAGUACAAAUAGAGUGGACAGCAUCAAACAGACUAAAUCAUCUGGGUUGACAAGCCAACUUAUUCCAAAUUCAUCUGAGAUUGAAUUUCUGGUCACAGAAGUAUGCAAUGCAACUUCUAUUGCGGAGUUUGAAUUGAAAGUUGGUGGAUUUUGGCUAUAUUUAACUAGGAACUUAACUCAGAAAAGUAAACCUUCACCUGUUCCUACUCUUGCUCCUCUUCCUCCUGACCCUGCCCCUGCUCCUGAUCCUCUCACUGCAGAUAAGACUAUUAAGGCACCUGAGCUAAAUGGGUCAGUUUCUUCAACAUCUUUUGCUAUCUCCAAACCAGCACCUUUUUCGGGAGGUAUUCAAUCAUUUCUUGAUAAAGCUGUGGAUGAAGGCUUAAUGAUACUGCAGUCUCCAAGGGUUGGUUUUUUCCGAAGAUCUCGAACUAUAAAGGGAAAGCGUGCUCCCCCAUCAUGUAAAGAGAAGCAAAUAGUGAAGGAGGGGCAAGUGCUUUGCUACAUUGAACAGCUGGGUGGUGAACUCCCAAUUGAGUCUGAUGUGUCUGGCGAAGUCAUCAAAAUACUGCGGGAGGAUGGCGAUCCUGUUGGAUAUGGUGAUGCUCUCAUUGCAAUUCUCCCAUCAUUUCCUGGGAUAAAGAAGCUUCAGUAGAUUAUCUAUUUUAUUUUUCUUAAAAGUGUUCCAGCAUUGUUGAGAUGGUGACAAAGUAGGAACCAUGUGUGCCUGUGUUCUAACUUUGCAUUGGCAGUACGUGCAGUUAACUGAUCAUUGCGGUGUUUAGUGGCCUCUGUAUACAAAUUUGAUAUAGUCAUUGAUAGCUUUUGAAAGUUUUAACAUUGUGAAAUUCUAGCCUUCUUCAUUGUUAUUUAUCAUUACACAUACUUUUUUUUUUCAAUUUAAUUUAUUAGUUUUAAAACUAUU